UCCUCUCCCCCUCUCUCUUUCCCUGCCGAGGAGCUUCACGCAGUUGUCCGGUGCGUCCCAUCAGCGAGUCCUCUGCCGCUCCUGGAAAAACACUGACCGCAGGAAUAUCACUUAACGGAAUAAAAACCAACAGCAGGAGGGGGAGGAGACGGAGGUGAAGGCUUUACAACAGAUACAGAGAGAGUCGUCCCGGGAAGAGGUGUCUUCCCGAAACCUGAGCCAUGAGUCGCAGCAUCGUGCGGCAGAGCAAGUUUCGCCACGUUUUUGGCCAGGCGGUCAAGGCCGAGCAGACUUACGAUGACAUUCGAGUGUCCAAGGUGACAUGGGACAGCUCCUUCUGUGCCGUCAACCCAAAGUUCCUGGCGGUCAUUGUUGAAUCCAGUGGAGGAGGCGCCUUCCUGGUCCUGCCUGUUUCUAAAACAGGUCGUGUGGAUAAGAACUACCCACUCGUGAACGGACACUCUGGGCCUGUCCUGGACAUCGACUGGUGCCCUCAUGACGACAACAUCCUGGCCAGCUGCUCGGAGGACUGCACUGCUAUGGUUUGGCAGAUCCCAGAUCACACAUUGUCCCGCCCGCUGUCUGAUCCUGUCGUUGUCCUGGAGGGUCACUCCAAACGCGUUGGUAUCGUCAGCUGGCACCCCACAGCACGCAACAUCCUCCUCACUGCAGGCAGUGAUAACUUGAUCAUAAUCUGGAAUGUGGGGACCGGUGAGCCCCUCAUUUCCAUGGAUGACCAUCCAGACCUCAUCUACAGCAUCAGCUGGAACCGCAACGGCAGUUUGUUCUGCACCACCUGUAAGGACCGACGUCUGCGUGUCUGCGACCCCCGCAAGAGGGAGGUGGUUGCAGAACGUCUUGCUCCACACGAGGGGAUCCGGCCAAUGAGAGCCAUCUUUACCAGAGACGGAAACAUUUUCACCACAGGGUUCACCAGGAUGAGCCAGAGAGAGCUCGGACUCUGGGACCCGACAAACUUUGAGGAGCCUAUCGCACUGUUGGAGUUGGACACAAGUAACGGAGUAUUGUUACCAUAUUAUGAUGCAGAUGCAAACAUGGUCUACCUCUGUGGAAAGGGAGACAGCAGUAUCAGAUACUUUGAGAUAACAGAAGAGCCGCCAUACGUCCACUACCUCAACACCUUCAGCAGUAAGGAGCCCCAGAGAGGGAUGGGCUUCAUGCCCAAGAGAGGUGUGGAUGUCAGCAAAUGUGAGAUCGCCAGGUUAUUUAAACUCCUGGACAAGAAGUGUGAGCCCAUCACAAUGACAGUUCCCAGAAAAUCGGACCUCUUCCAGGAUGACCUUUACCCAGACACAGCAGGGCCUGAGCCGGCCAUGGAGCCUGAGGAGUGGCUGGAUGGUCGUGAUGAAGACCCUAUCCUGGUGUCUAUGAGGGAGGGCUACGUGCCGCCUAAGAGUCGAGAGCUCAAAGUGGCAAAGAAGAACGUGCUGGACUCCAGACCCACCACCCGACGCAGCAUGUCCACUUUGGAGACCAACAGUCUGCCACCUCAGUUGCUUGAGAGGUUGUUGGAGGAGAUUCAGAAUCUGAAGGCCACAGUUUUGUCCCAGGAAAAGAGAAUCUGUGAUUUGGAGGAUAAGCUUUCCCAAUACACCAACGGCACUGACUGAUCAGCGUGAAACACAACUUUUGAAGAACUGGUCAGAAUAUCAGAACCACCAUUAUAAUUCACACACACAUUUUCCUCCUAUUUACUCAGUGUUGCCUUUUAAAGGUACCAUGGUGCAAGAAUGUGAAUGUGGACAAUGUAAAAAGCAAACUGACAGUCUAACAAUUUGAUCAAAUUCAUCUAUUAUAGGUGUUUCUUUACCUAAUCCAUAUUCUGGUUUAUAGUAUCUUUGUUGCUUUAGGAAAAAUUAAAUCCACUCACAUGUUUAUAGAGGUUUGUAAAGAUUGAGAAGAGUGCACAGAGGAGUGAGGUUGAUCUAAGCAGAUGGUCUUAUGUAUGUUGGUUUAAA